AUGCUUCGUUCUGCACUUUCUUUCACCAAGACAAUGUCUACCUCUGCCAAGACUAUUCCCACUAUUCAAAAAGCUGUUUUCUUCAGAGAAAACGGAGGACCCGAGGUCUUGAAAUAUGAAGAUUACCCAGUGCCCAAGAUUGGGGAUAACGAGGUACUGGUCAAGAACAAGUAUGCAGGCAUCAAUUUUAUCGAGGCCUACUUUCGCAAGGGAAUUUAUCCAUCUCAGAAACCGUACGUCUUGGGCCGUGAGGCUUCCGGCACGAUUGUUGCCAAGGGCAAAAAUGUGACAAAGUUCGAUGUGAACGACAAUGUUGCAUAUGUUUCACCAGGGUCUAUGGCUCAGUACACCAGCGUCCCGGAGAAAGCCCCUAUCGCCAGAUUACCUGCCUCUACCACUGACGAACAACUGCGGCUGUAUGCGGCAUCCAUGGUCCAGGUUCUAACGGCGAUGACAUUGAUACGCGAAUGCCAUCCGCUCAAAAAGGGCGAUUUUGUUUUGCUUUACGCGGCCGCUGGAGGAGCUGGUUUGGCGUUUGAUCAGCUUUUGAAGAAAGCUGGCGUCCGCGUCAUUGCAGUUGCGUCGACGGACGAAAAACUUGCGCUUGCCAAAGAAAACGGUGCUGAGUUCUUGAUCAAUGGCUCCAAGGAUGACGUUCUGAAAAAGGUGUUGGAAAUCACGGGAGGCGAAGGCGUCAGUGUUGCUUACGAUUCUGUCGGAAAAGAUACCUUUGAUACUACACUGAACGCUGUCAAGAGAAAAGGUACAAUUGUGAGCUUCGGCAACGCUUCUGGGCCUGUUGAACCCGUCGACAUAUAUCGGUUAACCGCGAAAAACUUGAGCCUCAUGAGACCUAGUGUGAUUGGAUAUAUCAGCAACGAGGAAGACUGGAAAUACUACUCCGGCGAGCUAGUCAAACUCAUAGACUCGGGCGAGAUUAACGUGUUGAUCUCGAAGGUUUAUCCUUUAAGUGAGUACAAGACUGCCACUUGUGAGCUGGAAGCUAGAAAGACAGUUGGAAAACUACUAUUGGAAAUUCCAUAA